AUCGUGCGCUUGAUUCACUCCAUUCACAAAGACGCGGUAAACCCUAACUCCCAAAAUGUUUGUGCACGUUUACAAGGCAAUAUUUCUUGUUUUUGUUUUGUCGGUCCUGUGCGAAGUACCCGUUGGUAAAGCGGCCCCUUCACAGAUACAGGCUGACUACAACUGCCCCGUUUGUAAACUUUUGAAAAAGAUUUUGCAGCAAAACAAAUUUAUUAUGGAAAAGAUCGAUUUGCUUCUUGAAGAGGGUGACAACUGUUCACGAGCGGCGAGAGACUGUGCUGAUAUCUACGACUGCGGUCAUAAAUCCAGCGGUGUGCACACGAUCCACCCACACGGUCAAAAGCCCUUUGUUGUUUUCUGUGACCAAACCACUAAUGGCGGAGGCUGGACAGUGUUUCAGAAGAGAUUGGACGGCUCAGUUGAUUUCUACCGCGGCUGGAAUGACUAUAAAGUGGGGUUUGGGAACCUGAAGGGCGAGUAUUGGCUGGGGCUUGAUAAGUUGCACGGUCUUACUAUUAACAACCAGAAGCGCUACAAACUUCGCGUGGAUUUGGAGGAUACCUCAGGCAAUACAGUUUAUGCAUCGUAUGAUUACUUUGCUGUGUCAAGUGGAAAGUCCAAUUAUCACCUCAGUCUUGGAACAUACCAUGGAACUGCCGGUGAUUCGCUCUCCGGGCACAAAAGUAUGUCGUUCUCCACAAAGGAUCGGGACAAUGAUGUUUAUAGCGGUAAUUGUGCUGCUAAUUUCCAUGGCGCUUGGUGGUACGGCAGCUGUCACUCUUCCAAUUUGAACGGUGCUUAUCUUCAUGGAGCCCAUUCCUCUUACGCUAACGGGGUAAACUGGUACGCCUGGAAGGGGUACCAUUACUCGGCGAAAAGGGCUGAGAUGAAAAUUCGGCCCAAUAAUUGGACCCCGUCGUAAACGCUGGAUACACAAGCACUUUUUUUCUGGUACUCAGAUGUUUGUUGUUCAAGUAGUCCGUUGUUCAAUUUAGGAAACAAUAUGUUUCAAUCAGUCAAUAGCCCAGGCGAUCAAAUGGAACCAUGCGAACAGCUCUUUGGAAAUAUCGUCUCUUUAGUCAAACUGCAGUGCUGUUGUUUUGCGGUUUUUGUCAUGGCACGAUAUGGUGACAUGACUCUUUUGAGCUUUAUGAGCAAGUAGGUGAACUUUGUCUUUGUCAGUACGAAAAUAUUGUAAUUAUGCCAGAAAAUAAAGUCGCUUGAUA